UCACGAACGACCUGACCGAGGCGAUGCUAGCUCGCUAGCUGCUGGGCUGCGUUUGGACAAAUUAUUAUUUCCUUUUUGCUUUUAUCUUCUUUAUCGAGAACCAGAAGACUGUUACGAUUCUGCAACAUGGACAUGUCUAAAAGUCAGCGCUCACGUGGACCUGAGACCAGCACUAUGGAGGGGGAGAAUGCACCACUUUACUGCAUUUGCCGUAAACCAGACAUCAACUGCUUCAUGAUUGGCUGUGACAACUGCAAUGAGUGGUUCCACGGACACUGCAUUAACAUCACUGAGAAAAUAGCCAAGGCAAUCCAGGAGUGGUACUGCAUGAUGUGCAGAGAAGAAAAUCCAUCUUUGGAAAUAAAAUAUAGAUCAAAGAAGAGCCGGGAGAGGGAAUUUGAUCCUGAUGAAAGACAAUACAGCACUCCAAGUACUCCCGACUAUAAAAGUGAAAGGCGGCGUGGCUCUAAAGUGAAGCGUUCCGUCCGGAUGUGUGGGGAGUGUGAGCCCUGCCGGAGGACGGAGGACUGUGCUCAGUGUGACUUCUGCAAGGACAUGAAGAAAUUUGGAGGCCCAAACAAAAUCAGGCAGAAGUGCAGGUUCAGGCAGUGUGAGGUCCGAGCCAGGAAAAUGCUGCGUGUAAAGGAAGAGGAAAUGUCUUUGAGUGAAAGGAGGGAGAACAGACGGAGGCGCUACUCGGACGACUACGACAGUGAGGCAGAACUCUACCAACAAUACAGAGCAGCAGGAAUCAACGACCACAUGUCGUGGGCUACUGACGAUGACGAAGAGCCGGCUUUCAGUCCUGUCAUGCGUAAGAAAGCGAUCAAGGUUAAGCACGUCAAGAGACGAGAAAAGAAGUUUGACAAGAAAAAAGAGUCUCGUCGCCACAAGCAGAAGCAGAAGCACAAAGACAGGAACAGGCACAGCGAGAGGGGGGAUGUUCGGGACACUGGAGGCUUCCGUCAGUGUUUGGGACCAAACUGUGUGGAUGCAUCAAGACCCGGCUCCAAAUACUGUUCUGAAGACUGUGGCAUGAAGUUAGCAGCCAACCGGAUCUACGAGAUCCUCCCCCAGCGGAUCCAGCAGUGGCAGCAGAGUCCCUGCAUCGCCGAGGAGCACGGUAAAAAGCAGCUGGAGCGGAUCCGCAGGGACCAGCAGAACGCCCGGCUGCACCUCACGGAGAUGGAGCGACGCUUCCACGAGCUGGAGGGCAUCAUUGCUAAAGCCAAGGAGCAGGCAGUUCAGCAGGAUGAGGAGGUGAAUGAAAAUGAUAGUGAGGACACAGACCUGCAGAUUUUCUGUGUCUCUUGCAGUCAUCCCAUCAAUCCAAAAGUGGCGCUGAGGCAUAUGGAGAGAUGCUAUGCAAAGUAUGAGAGUCAGACCUCCUUUGGUUCCAUGUACCCCACAAGAAUAGAGGGGGCAACCCGACUCUUCUGUGACGUGUACAACCCCCAGAGCAAGACGUACUGCAAGAGGCUUCAGGUUUUGUGUCCAGAGCAUUCCAGAGAUCCCAAGGUUCCAGUGGAUGAAGUGUGUGGAUGCCCUCUAGUGAAGAAUGUGUUUGAGCUGACCAAAGAGUAUUGUAGAGUCUCCAAAAGGAAGUGCAACAAACAUUACAACUGGGAAAAGCUCAGGAGAGCCGAGGUGGACCUGGAGCGAGUCCGGGUGUGGUACAAGUUGGACGAACUGUUUGAGCAGGAGCGGAACGUGAGGACGGCCAUGACCAACAGAGCCGGCCUGCUGGCUCUGAUGUUGCACCAAACUAUUCAGCACGACCCCGUGACAACGGAUCUCCGUUGCAGCAAGGAUCGGUAGUGAACGUUGUCUGCUACUGUUUCUCAGAGCUCACAAUCUCUGUAUGUAAAUUUACAGUGCCAAGGAUGUAAACUAUAGAUUUCCAAUUAAUUCUCUGUUUAAAACUGUUUUGUUUUUGUUUUUUUUAUAAGUAGAUAAAAUGUGCAAAUGUGUAAUAUAUAUUUCCUAGUGAUGGUAAUAUUUUUCCUAGCAAAAAUGAUGCUGAGUGAAAAAAAAAAAACUGCUGUAUUUGUAUUAUGAGCAUUUAGAAUAAACACCCUAAUCUUGUUUUAAACGCUGUUGAUUUAACUCUAAUAUGCCGUUUCUAGUAUAUCUAAUGUACUCUUCUCACUGGACCUGCAGUGAUUGUAACACGACACCCCAACAUCUGCAUUUAGUUCAGCCCGCUCUCGCUGGACAAGCCGAGUCUGUUUCACCGUCAUUUACAGACAUUUAACCCGGAAGUGACGUCGGUGUUUUGAAUUUUAUUGAACAGUUACCUUUAUUUAACCAUGAAAUUUGAAUAUUGAGUUAAAAGCAUCUGAUCAGACACUCGAGUCAGAUUUGAGUGAAGACAUUUCACAUUUUAACAAGUGAAAAAAUCGUAAAAUGAAGUGUUGUUGAACCUUGAAAGGUGUUGCCCUGUCAGAGAAGCUUUGAGCGUGAUUUAAAGAUACAAAGAUUUCUGACUCAUCAUUCUGCUGCUGAUCUGGACUUGUUUCAAAAGUCUCUCUGCAAAGCUAGUGAUUAAUUUCUGUAUGUUUUAUCAGCUAAAAAUAUCUGAUCGUCUGCAUAAAGGCUGAAGUCCUAAUAUAUCAUCACACUAUGGACCGCAAUAUUACUCCGGGAAAGAGGCAGAAAAGGCGACGAGGAUUUCUUCUUUUUUUUUUUGUUUCGUUUUGAAAGAUUCCGUCCACACACCGAAUUACUGGUGUGCAUUCAGAUGGGAUUAAAAUGAUCUUGUGAGCUGGAUAUUUAGUGUGUUCUUUACUUUACCUGCCAA